CAAGGAUCUGUACAAGGAGGCCAUGAUGGAGGAGCACCAGCCUCUUAUAUCACAAGAAAAUCCCACUGAGAGUUCUGAAGAAAACUCCACCUUAUCACUAGAGGACAAAGAUAUCACAAAGCACUCUUCAGGAGAAAAUCUCAUUACCCUUAAUGUACAUCCAGGUCUUCACAGUACAGAUCUGUCAUGUAAUCCCCCUAAUCAUGAGGAACCUUCUCCUGACCAAUCACAGAUUGCUACCACAAGUACAGGUCAGAAAGAGGUUAAAGACUUUACAAAAAACUCAGUUCUUUCUACACGAAGAGGAAUUCACAUAGGGGAGAAGCCAUAUUCAUGUUCACAGUGUGGGAAAUAUUUUACACAGAAAUCAAAUCUUGUUAGACAUGAGGGACGUCACACAGGAGAGAAACCAUAUUCAUGUUCAGAAUGUGGGAAAUGUUUUACACACAAAUCAAAUCUUGUUACUCAUAAGAGAAGUCACACAGGAGAGAAACCAUAUUCAUGUUCAGAGUGUGGGAAGCGUUUUACAGAUAAGUCAAAUUUUGUUAGACAUACGAGAAAUCACACAGGAGAGAAGCCGUAUACGUGUUCAGAAUGUGGGAAAUGUUUUAAAGACAGAUCAGGUCUUGUUUGCCAUGAGAGAAUUCACACAGGAGAGAAGCCAUAUUCAUGUUCAAAAUGUGGGAAAUGUUUUACACAGAAAUCAAAUCUUGUUACACAUGAGAGAACUCACACAGGAGAGAAAUCAUAUGCAUGUUUAGAAUGUGGGAAAUGUUUUACAGUUAAAGCAUAUCUUGCUAUACAUGAGAGAAGUCACACAGGAGAGAAGCCAUAUUCAUGUUCAGAAUGUGGGGAAUGUUUUACUACUAAUGCCAGACUUAUGGGACAUCACAUACGUCACACAGGUAAGAAGCCAUAUUCAUGUUCAGAAUGUGGGAAAAGUUUUACUUCAAAAUCCAAUCUCGUUACACAUAAGAGAAUUCACACAGGAGAGAAGCCGUAUUCAUGUUCAGAAUGUGGAAAAUGUUUUAAAGACAAAUCAAGUCUUGUUUACCAUGAGAGAAUUCACACAGGAUUGAAGCCAUAUUCAUGUUCAGAAUGUGGGAUAUGUUUUAUUUCUAUAUCCAGACUUAGGGAUCAUCAGAGAAGUCAUACAGGAAAGAAUCCAUUUUGAUGUCUAUAUGUAGUAACUUUUUAGAUCAGUGGAGGCCAAAUUCUUGCUUGGAAUGUAGGGCAUGCUAUACAAGCAAAAAAAAAAUAUAUUAACUCCAUUUAUUCAGAAGCAUUAACAGGGUGGAAUUAUACCAGAUUCCUAUUACUGUAUUCAUCCAUCCAUCCACACAAUGGGAGAAUCCAGAGGGAAACGAGGAAUAGUAACACAUCCCAUGCAAUAGUUUUAUAAUGUAUGUGGACAUAUUUAAUAUUUUAUAUUCAUUCAAACAGUAUUCAAAGUGUUGGGAUCUAUCUGGGGUUGUCAAUAAUAAAAUCUGCUCAGAUUUUAAAAGUCCAACUUGUUUUGAUUGCUGAACCAGUGAAAAACGGGCAUCAAAGUUAUAUAAUCACUUUGAGCAAUUCUCUUAACAGAACAAACAACAUAAAACACUUGCCCCUCUGGGCGCUCACUAUACAGAUAGGUGAACUCAGCUAAGGGUUAGUUCAGAUAAAGCAGCAUGCACUGGCUCAGACCUCCACUGUCAAUGCUGUCAUUUUCAAGCCCUGACUGACUCAAGUAGCAGUGAUCUAUCCUACUAGUGAGCCCAGGCCGCAUUACACGGGCUAGUCUAGACUGGGGAAAACCUUGGCUGAAGUGGCACAGGAAUGGCAGAUCCUUCUAACAUCCUACCUACAAUUCUAUGCAAAACCACCCCUCAGAAUUUCAACACAAAAGAUAAAAUCUUCUAUUUGUUCCACGACAACGUCACCAUUGUCACUGACAGACAUUGUACUUUCUCCUAGCGCUGUGACCUUCAUUGCUCCUACAGACUAACCCUCCUGUGCGGAGACAGUGAUUAAUGGUGGCAUGAUGACUAUAAUUAUCUGACCCUGUGAUCUGUGAUAAUUAACCCCAUAUGUACAUUCCUGCGGUUUAAUGGUAAACCUAUCUCGAUACUGGAGCUGAGUUAUAUAUCAGUGGUGGGAAUCGCUUGUGAUGUCACAUCUGUUAAUUAACCCCUGAAUAAUGGGAACAUGAAGUCAGUGACCAAGUGAUGCUCAUAUAUGUGUUUCAUAUGUAUCCUGCCUCCUACUUUAUUACCUGCAGAACAUGAAUGGAGACAUGUGGAUGAAUUACUAGUACCUUGUAUGUCUCAGAUAAGUACUGGCCAGUAGGUCUACCUCUCAUUUGGGCUCUACUUGUUAAACAGUGAUUACAUUUCAUGUGGGAUAGUGAGCAAUGGUGAUCAGAGCUAGCUGGAGGUUUCAGAGGACAAAGGAUAUGCGAUAAUUGUCUGCGAUGAGAAUAUCCCUAUAAGCAACGUUGCUGUUUUAAUUACAUGUGAAGAUAACAUUUUGUAGUAUUGCCCUGAAUCCUGCAGGACUAUCUACUGUUAAGAAUUGCUCCAUGUUCUCCCACCAUAAGCUUUAAGGGCUAGUUCAUAUGGCGGCUUCAUAUUCGGCUCCAAAAAACACCAGGAUAUGCUGCCACUCAUGCAGUUCUGGUUUAUCUAUUAUUACCAUGCAAGAAAGGACAUGUCCUUAGUUGGUGCAGUGUCCACUUGAAUGAUACUAUAAACUGCAACAUGUGUCUGUUCACAAUAUAACUCAGUUCAUUGGGGCUAUAGCGGGAGUGGGUCUUCUCCAUUCAAACUGAAAAAUCACAAUCCAAACCAGAGGGGUUUCUGCUGCAGCAUACGUCUUUGCCAUUGGCAAAAUCCACCAUGUGAGUUAGCCCUUAAGUUUUCAAGGAGGACUAGUUCCUUGAGGUUUUCUGUAACAGCCAUUGCGUGUAUUGUCAUAGACUGAACUAUAUUU